AUGUAUUCAAGACAAUCCUCCAGGCUUCCGAGCCUAUUCGCAAAGCAGGCCUCUGCGACUCGCCUGUUCUCAACGAGAGCGGCAUUGAGGCAAGAGAUUCGCGAUGCAUACAUUCUCAGUGGUUCGAGAACGCCAACGGCAAAGGUAGAAACCCCUUUCAAUGGAUCAUACACGAGCGUCUCCGCGCCGAAGCUCGGCGCUGUCGCCAUUAAGUCUGCCCUCGAAAAGUCAAAGGUCCCUGUCGACAAAAUCUCCGACGUAUACAUGGGAAACGUGCUGCAAGGAUCAGUCGGACAGGCGCCGGCUCGCCAGGCUUUGAUCUUUGCCGGUCUCCCGUCAAGCGUUGAGGCCAUUACCAUCAACAAGGUGUGCGCUUCAGGCUUGAAGGCGGUUGUCUUUGCCGCGCAGAACAUCCAAUUGGGUCUGGCAGAGGCCCAGAUUGCCGGAGGCAUGGAGAACAUGACCAGAGUGCCAUACUAUGUCCCCCGCUCCUCGAGUUUGCCGCCUUUCGGGCACGUCAAGAUGGAGGACGGUUUGAUCAAGGAUGGUCUUACCGACGUCUACGACCAAUUCCACAUGGGCAACUGCGCUGAGAACACCGCCAAGAAGUACGAGAUCACCCGUGAAAUUCAGGACCAGUAUGCUAUUGAGUCCUACAAGCGCGCCCAGGCCGCGUGGAAGGCGAACGCCUUCGCCGAAGAGAUUGCGCCCGUCACCGUUCCCGGAAAGAAGGGCGAUACCGUCAUCGAGACGGACGAGGGAUACCUCGAUGUCAAGUUCGACAGGGUCCCCACUCUGAAGCCCGCCUUCGUCCGUGACGGCACAGGAACCGUCACUGCCGCCAACUCGUCCACUCUGAACGACGGUGCCAGCGCGCUGGUUCUGGGAAGCAAAGAAAUUGCUCAAAAGUACGGAUCAGGCUCCCGGGUUCUGGCCAAGAUUUGCGGUUCGGCCGAUGCUGCUGUCGACCCCGUUGAUUUUCCAAUUGCCCCGGCCAAGGCCGUUCCGAUUGCGCUGGAGAGAGCCGGAAUUACCAAGGACCAGGUGGCUGUCUGGGAAUUUAACGAGGCCUUCGCCGCUGUCAUCAAGGCCAAUGAGAAGAUCCUCGGCCUUGAGGGUGCGCGUGUGAAUCCCCUUGGAGGAGCCAUUUCUCUCGGCCACGCUCUCGGAAGCUCCGGGUCGAGAAUUCUCGUAACACUGCUGCACCAGCUGAAGCCCGGUGAAUACGGUGUGGCUGCCAUCUGCAACGGAGGAGGUGCAGCCACUGCGCUGGUGGUGCAGCGUGUCGAGUCUGUGUAA